AAAAUGUUACUUUCCAGCCUAAUAACUUACUUUGUUCCUCCAACAUUUAGGGUGAUUAUUUCUCCUGUUGCGAUAUCCUGAGGUGAUGCCAUUACACUCUGUUACAAACGUAAUCAAAAUUUCAUUGUUCUAAUAAAAAGCUUAGAGCUAAAUGAGUCAUUUUCAUCUAAUAAAUAAAUUAAAGAUAUUCUUAACUGGGCGAUAAUAUGGGGGAAAAUCUUCAGUUUCGCAUCCAGUUCCGGUUCUAAGCAGUGCCCGGAUAAUAAAAAUUGAAAUAUGUCAGAAGAUGAAGAAAAUAGAGUGCUAUUUGUGCGUCAUUUGCCAUCAGAACUUAACGAUGAAGACAAAGAAGACCUCUUAAAACACUUUGGUGCCAAGAGUGUUAGAUGUAUGGGUAAUAUAGGACGAUACAAAAACACUGCAUUUGCAACGUUUAAAAAUGCAACCCAUGCUGGAACUGCUCUAAAUAGACUUCACCAACUAAAGGUACUCACAUCUAAACUUGUUGUAGAAUUUUCCAAGGCAAGUGAAAAAAAGUUUUUCUCGCCAGGUUUGGAUAAAAUAUGUUUGAAGAGUGACCUGAAAAAAGUCAAGAACUCAGAACCAGAUAAGGAACAUGAGGAAGAAGCUUUAGAAGGCACCAGUAACCAUAUUCAUGAACAUCUGGAUUACAUCUCAGCUACAUGGAAUAUUGGCUACAAAUAUAACCCUGAGUUGAUGUACUCUUACCCUCCUCCAACAGCCAGUGUGCUGACCAACAUCGCAAAUGCACUUGCUGCCGUACCAAAAUUUUACACCCAGGUGCUACAUCUGAUGAAUAAAAUGAACCUCCCAGCUCCGUUUGGUCCUGUGACCCCCACACCACCUCUACCCGAGGAACUGCCUCCUAUUCCUAAUGAGCCUCAUCCUGAGGAAGAUAUUCCUAGCACAGAGGAAUCAGAACUGGAAAGUGAUGAAGAUGAUAAAGACAAAGAAUUGGAGAACAAACCACUUAAACGACAAAAGAAAACUCCAAAUAUCCCACGUAAAAAGCACAAACUACAAAUGAUUGUACCUCCCCAACCAAAGCUUGCUGCAGAGGCAACAAGAUCAGUUAUGGUUUUUGACCAGACCCAGCAGCCUUCAGCCCUCAAGAAGUUUGAAUUUAAAGUAAAACUUGCUUCAUCAAAUACAGCAGCAGAUCAACAAACUGAUCAAAUCAAUCAAAAUGAUCCAUACAAACUUGACUCCUUCCUUAAACCAGCACCUGAGCCAAUGAACACUACCAUACCAAAGUCUGCCAAUGACGGCUUUGGAAAAAUAGAACCUCUAAGAAAACAGACUGAAGAACAAUCAGAAAGUGAAAAUGAAGAAUCAAAGGACAUGAAGUUUAUUUCAAGCUCAAAGUUACAACAUGGAAGAAUCUCCCCAUCAGAAAUGAAAGAUUUAUCCGUUUAUAAGAAGUAUGACCCGGGUGAACCAACCCCAAGAUUGUACGUUAAAAACAUUGCAAAACAGACCACUGACAAAGAACUACACUAUAUAUAUGGAAGAUACGUUGAUUGGGACAAUGAAACAGAAACAAACAUGUUUGACAUAAGACUUAUGAAAGAGGGUAGAAUGAAAGGUCAGGCUUUUGUGACUCUACCUAAUCAGAAUAUAGCACAAAGGGCUCUCAAAGACACAAAUGGCUAUGAAUUGAAUGGGAAACCUUUAGUUGUACAGUUUGCACGAUCUGCAAAACCUAAAGAAGGUCAAGGAGAACUUAGGAACAAAAAAUAAAAAGAUUUACGUUUUCUUAAAUAUGUUUUUUAAUAAAUUCCAUUGAAACAAAAACCCUGAAUGCAGAUAGCAUAGCCUGUCAUUUGAAAAUGGAUGCAAUGUAGUUAAAAGGUGUACUAGUAUUGCCCAUCAUUUAAAAAUGCAUGUGAUGCAAUUCAGGGGUGUAUUGACAUGAGACUGCAUGGAAUACUGGGAGGGGUGUAUUGCCUAAUAUUGUAAAACAAUAUAAACAAAUUACAUACCGUAACUAAUUGUUUCUGUGAAUUUAAAAAAAAGUUAAAUACUUCAAAGUGUGUUUUGGAGUGAAAAUCUGAUUUUUACAUGAGAUAAUCCAAUCACUGUUCCACAACUAGUUACUUUGACGGAACGUCAGUCAAUGUAGCAAAAUGGAUGAACUUCCUGGAUACGAGUUUUUUGUUUUCUUGAUUUAAACUUAUGUAU